AUGUCUGUCGACAAGGCGAUCAAACUAAUCCGAAGUGAUGACCAGUCAAUCACUGUCACUUCUGGAACCGAUACUUUGACAAUUGCCUUCUUCGAAGUCCCCAGGGUUAGCGACAAUGCAGAACGUCGCUUUCAACGUGUUCGCAAGCCCCGGACAGACGUGAAUGAAACCAUAGAAGACACUCCAGGGCCCCAUAACGUUCGCUUCACAAUAUAUGGUUCUCCAACAGAGAAUAAUGCCAAAGACAAGAUGAAGCAAAAGCAGGGAAGUAGAAGCCACUUCCUUGCCAUCAAAGAUGACAAGGCUUUUGCAAUUCGCAUGGUCGGAGACUGCAACGAGUCUGCUUUCAAGGUAAAAAUCAGAGUGGGUGGUGUGAAUGUCCUCCAGCACACCACGCAUGGGAGGAAGAGUCAGGACUACUUCGUUGUCUCCGAGCAGAAAUGGGUCUGGGGAAAGCAAGUCGGCAAGGAUACUGCACGUCAAUUUCGUGUUUUUCGUCGUGAAAGGGAGAGGCUGUCUCUCCGAUACCAGCUCCGGAAUAACAACAUCAAGAAAGAAGUCGAGAUUGAAAUCACUUCACGGCAUCUAGAUGAACCAUUCGGCCCGUGCAGUUAUUUGCCGCCGCCCCCUACAGCUUACAUACACGUGGGCCGACCGCACCGCAUGUGGUUGCCGCGAUAUAAUCGUUUGCGAUCGCCCCUAAUCGAUAUGUCUGGGCCGCCAUCUUCCGCGGACCCCACAGAUGUUGUCAUUCCUUUAUCCAGCAAUGUUAGUUCAAGUAGCUCACAGCCACAACUAAUCAGUGAAGAGCUUACUUCCGAUGAACCCGGCCACUGUUCACCCAGCCCACCACCAACCCCACCAUCACCAGUAGGAGACGCAUUAGUACUACGACCACCAUCGCCAGUAGAAUCAUUAGGAUCAGAACCAUCAUCAACGGUAUCAGGGACACCAGUAUAUGGACACACAUUAGUUACAGUAGCCGCACCACAAUCCGCCGGCGAUCAAGAAAGCAUCUACUCUGACCGCGAAGAGGACAUGCUUCCGCACCAGAUGGUCGUUGGAACUGGCGGUCUAAUCGAGCAAAUCGUCUGCCCGGACAAACACCCCAAACGGAUUGAUGACGAAACCGUGAUACUCAAGUUCAAGAUCGUCGACGACCCGCGACACCUGCCAAAACACCUGCAGAAUCUGGAAGAACCAAAAGAAACAGCUGUAGGAGGGAUGCGUAUUCGUGGAACCGGACCUGGUGGAAACUACAGCGAGGUGCCGAACCCGCCUACACGAACCUUUCGAGCUCUCGCGCCGGUUGUUACAGAUCCGGAUGGGUUGAGACAGGAUAUCAGAUCGCCUAUGGAGAUGGAGCUGAGCGAUGAUGGAAAUGGGGAGUCGCCGGAGUCGCCGGUAGAUUCGGCGGAGGGGUCGAUGGGAGAGCGGGAGCAGGGCAGCCAGGAGACGGACGAUGGAGGAGAGGAUGGCGAUGCAAGAGGGUUCCAGGUGCUUUGGGGAGAGGCCGAAAAUCAGCCACGGGGUUUGAUGAAUGACAUACGUAUGAAGAAAAAGAGGCGUGAACAACGGAAGCGAGGUGGGGUGGGGAUCAUGGCUGAGAAGCGAGAGGAGCUAAAAAGUGAGCGGAGUUCGAGAUGGCGAAGGCAUGACUCGUUUUCUUUCGAGAACGUCACUUCCAUCGAAAAACUUGAAGUACACGCGCAAGCCCCCCCGCUCCCUGAUCCUUUGCUCCUCGAACAUCAAUCUUUCGCGCUGAAGAAGCCGAACUAUGAAGAGGUCAAGGGCCGAAAGAGCUGA